AUGCUUGUUUCCAAGUGGAUUGCCGUUGCUGGCCUAUUAGGAUGCGCUGUUUGGCUUGUGAACGAGACCGAAGUUACCAACGAUCUAAACGACGCUUAUAAGACUCGCAUGCCUAAUUAUCUCAACUUGGUCUACCCUGUCAUUGAUUAUCAUGACACUGCGCCAGUCAAUUCCUUCCCACCAAGCGAUAUCGACACCACUUUGGGUAGUGGCUGGGCUUACUCCACCCUCAGCUCCGACUGGACUCAAUGGAUUGGAUCAACAGCCGCGACCAGUGCCGAUGACUACGGUUCUUACUCAGUGCUGUAUCCUGACGGCAACCUCAGAAUCAUAUCUUUCAACACCAACUUCUACUAUAAAGAGAACUUCUGGCUGUAUGAGAAAACCAUGCAGUCGGAUCCCAACGGUCAGUUGGCAUGGCUCGUAUCUGAGUUAGAUGCGGCCGAAACAGCUGGUGAGCGCGUCUGGCUCGCGGGACACAUGCCCAUGGGAAGCGGAGACGCGUUCCACGAUGGAUCGAACUAUUUCAACCAGAUCAUCCAGCGCUACGAGGCGACCAUCGCCGCCGUCUUCUAUGGACACACCCACAAGGACGAGUUCGAGAUUGCUUAUUCAGACUAUUCCAACCCCACAGCCGACACUGCGACCGUGAUGUCUUAUAUUGCACCAGCUCUGACCCCGACCUCUGGAAACCCUACCUUCCGUGUUUAUUCCGUGGAUCCAGUCACCUUUGGUGUGCUCGAUUUCGAGGUAUACAUCGCGAACAUGUCGGAUCCGAACUACCAGACAAAGCCAAUAUGGGAGAAGUACUACUCUGCGAAGGAGGUCUAUGGCUCUCUUCUCACCCCGCCUGUGACAGACAGCUCUGCUGAACUGACUCCGGCUUUCUGGCAUAACGUGACUGCUUUGUUCGAGAAUGACGAUGCUGUAUUCCAAGACUAUAUUGCUCGCAAAACUCGAGGUUGGGAUUAUUUAUCUUGCACUGGAGACUGUAAGACCGAUGAGAUCUGCCAGCUUCGUGCAGCCGAAUCGCAGUAUAACUGCGUGACUAUCACCCCCGGCAUCAGCUUCAAGAAGCGUGAUAUUUCCACUGCAUUGCACCAGGAGAAUGCACGUGGUGAGUCUAUCAUUGGAACUAUGUUCUCGGAUUUCGAUGGCACCGUGUCUGCGCUCCAGGCCUCCUUGACCUCGAGCUUCCUGAGCACCACAGUCAACUCUACAGUCGUGUAA